CACAGUAUGUCGAUAAUGACACCCGUGAGUGGACAGAAACCCACAAACAUCAGAGGAUGCUUGCACACGUGUUUGUCUGAAACAUGACUGCGCGCGAGCUCUAAACAGACUCAAAUACAGGAAUUUAAAUUCAGGUGAAUUCAAAAACAGACGGUUAUAAACGCUGCUCCGUUGCUUAAAAAAACAGAAAGCGCUGUUCGGUUCCCGCCCAGACUGUGAGGAGGAGAGAUGAGGGCACGCGCGUUUAGAGUUAGCAUUAGACAGACGACACACAGGUGAAUUGUUUUUCUAUUAAUACACUGACAGCACUUGAAGUUUAAACUUUACGUUGAAAUACUAAAAGGCAAGGUUUCAAGGUUUGUGAGAAAGGCAGAAUUAAGGAUAUUUAUCAUCAGCAUGCUGGAAGUUUUAUCAACUUUGACCUGAGCGAAAUAUAAACCAGUGACCAACGAUGUAGGUGCAUCUCUCUGGAUAAAUAAUCGGUCUUCAAAGAAAACCAUAAUGCGUGAAGCGACGCAUCCUCUUUGCACCUCUCUCAUCAGAAGACGCUCAUAGGCCCCACCUGCUGUUGGAAAGGUGAAGUGCAGCACGGGAAAAAAUGGAUAGUGAGUUUGAGCCAGGAAUGAAUGAGAUUAUAGUUAACUAUUACAACCACUCUGGUAAGUGGGGCAGACCAAGAGGCACGGGAAUAUGCAAAAAAGCCUUGCUAAUUUUCAUCUGUGUGCUAAUAGUGCUGGAGAACGUAACCGUGUUACUGGCACUGUGGCGCAACAAGCGUUUCCACAGCCGCAUGUACUUUCUCAUUGGCAACCUGGCGUUGUCGGACUUGUUGGCUGGAGUGCUGUACGUGAUCAACAUGUUCACCUCUGGUGGCAACACUUUUUUCCUUACUGAGUAUCAGUGGCUGCUGAGGGAGGGAAGCAUGUUUGUGGCACUCAGUGCUUCGACGUUCAGCUUGCUCGCCAUUGGGAUCGAGCGUCAUAUGACGAUGGUUCGCUUAAGGCCGUGCGAGGCCGCAGGAAGGGGAAGGUUACUAGCUUUGUUGGUUGCCUGUUGGGUCGUUUCAAUAUUGCUGAGCGCCCUGCCCAGCCUGGGCUGGAACUGUUUGGGGCGAAUGCACACCUGCUCUACCGUUCUGCCACUCUACGACAAAAGCUACUUAGCCUUUUGCAUAAGCGUCUUUACGGCCCUGCUGGCAGCCAUUGUGGUGCUGUACGUGCGCAUCUACCUGCUGGUGACGUCUAGCGGGCGAAGAGUGAGUUCCCGGCCUUCGGAUCGCUCGUUCGCCCUACUACGCACGGUGGUGAUUGUACUUGGGGUUUUCGUGCUUUGCUGGUCUCCGCUUUUUCUAUUGCUGCUGUUGGAUGUGGGCUGCGGUCCAAAGCAGUGCCCAGUGCUGUAUCAGGCGGACUGGUUCAUCGGCCUGGCCGUUCUUAACUCCGCCCUGAACCCCCUCAUAUACACGCUCUCCAGCCGGGAAAUGCGGGCCGCGUUUGUCCGUGUGCUGUGUUGUUGUUGCUAUCCCACGCCUCUGGACUCGAUGCCUACAGCAGCGGGGGCGGCACUCCCAGGAAUAGUCAUCAACACUGCAGAAAACAGCAAAUCUAGUAUGGCCGGGGCACCUAGUGGCGCAGACAGAUCUACCAUAAUGAGAAGUAAAGUGUCCACUCCGGCAAACUCGAGCCACCAGCAUGGGGACACGGUGCCGGCAGCUCCAGGUGACCUCCUGUCUGCUGUGCUAAUCAAAGCAAGCGCACUUCCUUCUCUGGGAAAGUUCUAAAAUACCUUAAUAUGGGAAGCACACUACAGGAUUUUGUAUUAUUACCCAAAAUGCUUUGUGACGGUUCCUGUAUUUUAAUAUUUUAAGCAUCUACUAGAUUUUGUGUCCGACCCUCCGAGGAUUACAAAACCUGGAUUUGCUUUUAUACGAAGGCCAUCACUUGAAAUUCGUUUUUCAAGGGACAAAGCUUGACUGAACAAUUGCUGACUGAACUGAAUUUACUUCUACAUUAAUAUUUAUGAAACUGAGCAUGUGCUCUCCAAGCACAAAAAUAGAGCCACUAAAAAAUAUAAUCACUCGAAAAGCUUAGGUGUGCAAUCUUUUCAGAAUAAUCCAAAUGAUAAAAACUGUAUAUGAAAGAAGAUGCCUUAACAGUAUUAUAUGCAUUAUUAUCCAUGGAUGUAUGACUGACCUUUAACAUAUUUCCUCAUGGUUUAUUACUAUAACAGACCAAAACACCAUUUCAAAUGAUUAACUAUUAUAAAAGUUAUACAUAACAAAUAGUGUGUUUUUAAAAACGAUGAACUGUUCAGACUGUGGAUGUUUACGGUUUAUUUUCUAUGGAUUCAUACGUGAAGGGAAAUAGAGUAUCUUUACCUGUUAGCAACACAAAGGUUGUGGGUUUGAUUCCCAAGGAAGACACAUACUGAUAAAAUAUAUAACAUGAAUGCACUAAGUCGUUUGGAUAUACACUCACCUAAAGGAUUAUUAGGAACACCUGUUCAAUUUCUCAUUAAUGCAAUGGUGUAAUGGUGUGGUGGAUGUUUUCUUGGCACACUUUAGGCCCCUUAGUGCCAAUUGGGCAUCGUUUAAAUGCCACGGCCUACCUGAGCAUUGUUUCUAACCAUGUCCAACUCUUUAUGACCACCUCUGAUGGCUACUUCUAGCAGGAUAAUGCACCAUGUCACAAAGCUCAAAUAAUUUCAAAUUGGUUUCUUAAACACGAAAAUGAAUUCGCUGUACUAAAAUGGCCCCCACAGUCACCAGAUCUCAACCCAAUAGAGCAUCUUUGGGAUGUGGUGGAACGGGAGCUUCGUGUCCUGGAUGUGCAUCCCACAAAUCUCCAUCAACUGCAAGAUGCUAUCCUUUCAAUAUGGGCCAACAUUUCUAAAUAAUGCUUUCAGCACCUUGUUGAAUCAAUGCCAUGUAGAAUUAACGCAGUUCUGAAGGCGAAAGGGGGUCAAACACAGUAUAAGUAUGGUGUUCCUAAUAAUCCUUUAGGUGAGUGUAAGCGUCUGCCAAAUGUGUGAAUGUUGAAGUUCUGCUUCUUUUGAUCAAUAGUAUUUUUAGAUAACUGACAUCUAAAGCAUGUGUUUAUAUGCUAAUUUGUUAAAAGAUAUGGUAGGCAAGGCUGUAACUGUUCAGAUUGCUUUUGACUGUGAUGCUUAUUUGUAUGUAACCACUAGAGGGAGCUGUAGCAUCACUUUGUAAUAGACAACACUACAAACCAAAUGUGGAUGCAAUUUUCUGUGCACGAUAAUUCAUCUAUUAAUCCAAUCUGAGCACUUGGUAGUUAAGUAUCCCAUAAUAAAUGACUUUGGCUGCAACAA